ACGUCAAUGACGUAUUUGUCGCCAGAGAGGGAAAAUGGCUACAUCUGUCGGGCUGCAUGGCUCGCCUGCCCUCAGACUCACAGAGGGUUUAGUGUCGUUUCUGAAAGAACAGCGGCCCGAGUAUUUACCGGAGGUGUUGGUCAACUACAGGGAGCACGGCCUUCAGAUCCAGGGAGCGAAUGAUGUGGCAGGUUUGGUGGGUUUCAGCAAUGCCAAGUUAUCCUCAAGCAAGACCAGGUUUGAGGGCCUGUGUCUGCUCUCUGUGUUGGUCAAAGACAGCAGCAGUGACCUGUUCCAGCAGCACUGCCUCUUCUGGCUGCGCUCCCUUCAGCAAAUCAUUCAGUCUCAGGCUCCCGUUCAGACCGUCCAGCUGGCCGUCAACAUCCUGAAGGACCUGCUGCAGUACUCCAGCCAUCUAGCGGAGCUCGCCAGGGAGGUCGGCCUCAACUCCAUCCUGGGCAUCCUGACGUCCCUGCUGGGCCUGAAGACCGAGUGUGAACUAGCAGCCAUGGAGGGAAUGGUGGCCUGCAUGCUCUUCUAUCCCAGAGCCUGUGGAUCCCUGAAGGACAAACUAGGAGCCUAUUUCCUCUCCAAAAUGGACAGCAACAACAUGAAAACCCAGGAGAUGGCCUGCUUGUGUUACAGCCAUUUGCCCUGCCUGGGGGGGCUUUUGGACAGAGCCAUAAGUGCUGGCAAAGCUGACGGCUGGACCAAUCAGAUCCAAUGUCUCCUGGCUACGGCUGAUGCCUUGUUGACUCAGAUCUACAAAGGCUCAGAGCCAGAAAUGGUGGUGCAGUACACAGGUCCUGGAGUGGAACUCGCCUUUCCUUACCUGGACCCAACAGAACCGCUGCUGCUGCUGCGCCUCCAGCAAAGAUACACUGCUGUGUGCAGAGCCAUGAGACACACACUCAGGGUGGACCCGGCUUCAGCUGUUCGUCUGCCAGUAAAACCAAUCCUCAACCUGGUGUGUCGAGCUCUCGCUGUAAACUCCAAGAGUACUAGUUUAUCUGCAGAUGGAAGUUUGAUGCUGUUGAUUUUACCCAGCAUUCACUGCAACACUUUAGAGAUGCUGUCAGACCUGAUCACAGUGGUCCGCAGCAGCAUGGUUCCAUACGCCGCUAUCAUUCAAAGGCUGUUUUCUCAAACGCUGUCUGCUUGGACUCCUCUGGUGGAAGCAGGCGUUGGCCGGCAGAGAGGGUACAGCUCGGUUAGGGUGUCUGUGUACAAAACCUUAGAGCUGUGGGUCAAGGUAGUGGGAGCUUCUGUCAGCAUUCUCCAGGAAAACCCAAUGCAUGCAGACCUGCUGUUCAGUAACCUGCUUGGUGACAUCACCCCCGGACCAGAAUCCAUCAAGUUUAGGGCGGGUCUGGGUGUGGACGUAGUUCCCGGGGGAAAGCCAGGUCCUCGGAGGACGAAGCAUUUGGUCAUUGCAGAUCCAAUGGGUCCAUCACUGCAGAGGAAGGGGGACCCUUUGUCCAAUCAGGACACGUGCCUUGCUGCCCUUAGAGCAUUGAGACAAAUCAUCCAGACGUGCGGGACACUGAUAAAGGAGGACAUACACAAGAGGCUCCAUGAGGUUGUGUUGCCGCUGUGUGUGUGUCUGCAGCAGCAGAAAGGCUCCAGCUCGGUUUUCGAGUCCACCGGGGCCAUCAGUGGGCAGUACAGCAGCGCUCGUGCUCGUCGAGAGCUUUUCAGGUUGCUGCUGGCUCUGGUUCUGGUCCCGUCACCAUCAUGGCCUCCACCUCUUACCUGCGCCGUCUCCAUCUUCAGCAACGGCCGCACUGACCGCAACCUCAAGGUCUCUUCGUUCUGUGCCGAGGCACUGACCAUCUGCAACACCAUGGUCCACCCACGCACCCCUUCAAUUGCCCUGCCCUUGCCCCCCCUCACCCUCAAACCCCCCACCUCUGCCCCGGUGCUCUCCCCUCAGGGGUCGGCUCCUAGGCUGACCCUGCCGACCCUCCUGGAGGGUCACGGUUCCGGCCCUCCUUUUCCUUCACGGCAGUCUCUGAAUCUGGGCCCGUCGUCCAUGCUGAGCUCUCUGGAGAACCACCUGUCGACGGUUCCGGGUCUCCCGGCUCAAGGCCCCACCCCCGGGGACCUGUUCUCCCCCCACCGGCAGCACGACUCUGGGCUCGGGCUUCCGGAAAGCCAGAGGCCCGUUUUCGUCCGCUUCGACAAAGAGGAGCCGGACGACGUGGAGAUCUCCCUGGCGAGUGACUCGGACGACAGCGUGGUCAUCGUUCCUCCGGGGAUGAUCAACCUGGACCAGCAACAGGACGAGGCGGCGGCGAACGUGCAGACGAUGCUGUCCGCCGCGCCGGCCGGGGGCGGCGUGGCGUUACCCGCAGCAGAAUCGAACUCAAUGGUCCCCAUAACGGCAGCCACGAGCACAAGCGACGUGUCCACUCUCCUGAACGACUUGCCCGCCUCGUCGUCCCUGCUCGCCACCUCGGCCUCCUCCGUCAACUCCUUCCCCCCCUCCGGCGGCUCUGCGGCCCCUCUGCCUCCUGCCCUGAACUCCGGCAUCGUCUCGGACCCGCACGGCGACCUGGCGGACGCGCUGCCCUGCAAACCCCAGCUCCAGCAGAUGCUGAUGCAGGCGCCGGCGGCGGGUCAGGCCAGCGCCAUGGGGCUGCCGCUCCAGAUGCUGCAAACCCCGCUGAGUCAGCAGGGAAGGCUCCACCCGCCGCUGCCCGCGCCCCCCAGCAACGAGGACUCCGCCAUCAUCAACAUCAACAGCACCGAUGACGAAGACGAGGAGGAGGACCUGGAGGACGACGAGGAGCUGGAAGAGGAGGAGGAGGACGGGCUGGAUGAAGAGGAGGAAGAGGAAGGAAGCGAGGAUUUCUACGAUGGGGAGGAGUACGAGGACUACGACGAAGAGGAGGGAGAAGAGCUCGAGGAGGAGGAGGAGGAAGAGGAGGAGGAGAUCGGGGACAUGCCGCCGCUGGAGGGAAGCGAGGAAAAGUUGGUGGACGUUGCCAUCGAGGAAGGGCAAGUCCUCCAUCCCGCCGCCGAUGACAAAGAGCCGAGUCAGCUUCACGCGGAGGCGGACUCCGAAAGAGGAAUACAGGAACUCCAACCGCAGAGGACGGUGCUCGGAGAAGACCGGGUGAAGCUGCAGGAGGUGGAGAGCAUCGGCGUCCUGGAGGACGUGCAGGUCGGCGUGGAGGAAGAUGAGAGCGAGCGCAUGGACGAUCCCACCAUGCCUCAGAUCAUCUGCGUCAGCGGAGGAGCGCAGGAAAGCCUGGAGUCGGGGGAUGAGGGGGGAGGAACGACGAGCGUCCUUCAAGAAGACAGAAGUCAUCAAGCUGCCAAGGAGGAGGAGCUGGAAGCUGCUGCAGAGGAGCAAGCGGGGUUCAGGGCAGAGGAGCCUGAAGGGGAAACGGCGCCGGAGGACGUGAGCAGCAGCGACGCUCCGGAUCCCCCUGCAGGACGGCCAGCCGGCGCUCCGGCAGAACAAGCAGAAGCAGGGCGGCGAAAUCCAGCAGAAGAAGAAGAAAAACAGGCGGAAAAUCCAGCCUCCGAGGGAGGAGAACAGCCAAAAGGAGGAGAAGAGGAGGAGAAGAGUGAACCGCCAAGAGAGGAGAGUGACAAAGAGGAGGCACAGGGGACGAAGAGGAAGAGGGAAGAUGAAGUGGAGGAAGAGGCGGGACCAAGCACAGAAAAGAAGAAGGUGGAUGAGGACGCCAUGGCGUCCAUGCUGGCAGAUUUUGUGGCGUGUCCACCUGAUGAUGAAGCUGCCGCCGCCGCCGCCGGAUCAACCUGUUCAUGAAAAUCUGCCUUUCUCUAAUGAAUGUUAGGAUUACAUUGAUGUGUACAUAGAUGGUUGAUACAUUGAUACAUUGACAUAGAUGGUCAACAUUAGAUUUCCCCCACAUUUUGUCAUCCCUACAACACUCUUCUGAUCUUAUUGUGAAAAUCAAAGUCUGUUCAUCAUCCUCUACGUUCCACAGCAUCUACUAGCAGAAACUCACAGAACCAUGUUAGCUGUUACCUAAAACCAUCACUCUAUCCGUGCAUGCAGUACGGAUUCUCACAUCUGUGUCCACUUUGAGACAUUUCUGUUUUGUCUUUUUUUGUUCUUACAAUAAAGUAUUUCACCAGUUUUUUGGAAAAAAAAAA